UGACUUUCAAGUGUUUCUCACGCAUAAAAGAUACUCAUUGAAAUUCCAUUCCAAAGUGAUCAGUCGCUGUCAUUUCACUUGGUCAAUACAUUCAGUUACCCUCGUUUCGUAUCCUUUUUUCCAUUUUAUGCGGCUGCUGUUUGACCCACUUUUCUGGCUGCCACUAAAAAGUUUUCUGGAGUCAGAAAACUUCCUCGGGAUGUGUUGGAAUUAUUUGCCUCUUGGAGCGUGAAACCUUUAGUUUAUCAAAGAAGAUUCUCGUCAACUCGACAUGGAUUGGUAUGUUCCAGCUGUCAUUUUCUUGGUGUUUAUUGUAUUUAUUUUAAUCGGUCUCCUGGCCACAUAUUACUGCCUAAAGAAAGAGCUAUGCCCCUGUUCCAAGAUGGAGCCUCCCCAGAAGAACAAGGGAGCCGGGUACGAAGAGCUUGGGGAGGAGCCCACAGACACUUCUGAAGAGGAAGAGAACCCUGAGGAAGAAAAAGGUGGAGCACCGCCUGGGGACGAAUCCCCUGAGAAGUUGCCAAUUUUUGAAGUGGAUAAGGGAGACGAUGUUCAAAAAAUUGUGUCUGCAUACGGGGACAUUCAAGUAGAUACAGGACUUAAAGAAGUCGAUCACGUGCCAGUGUUUGGCAGUGUUCAUUUUCAAGCCGAAUAUUCAGCUAAAGUAGGCCGUGUGGCUGUAACCAUCUUAGAAGCCAGGGAGCUUCCUUCUAAAAGUCGAGGAGGCAGUUCACACUGUCGAUUUCAUCUGCUACUGCUUCCUUCAAGAAGGCAGCGCUUCAAAAGUAAGUCGCGGUCGACGUCACGUCCUAAAUUCGACGAAAAGUUUGUGUUUGACCGCAUUUUACAGCAGGACUUGUUUAGAAUGGCAAUUCGAAUCAGGCUCUAUGGACACGACAAACUCGGAAAAGAGAAAAUAAUCGGAGAACACAUACUGCAGCUAGCAGAUGUGGCUCAAUCACGAGAGAUGAAGAUGGAUGUCUGGAGAGAUCUUAAAGCUAACCUCACUGGCACAGACACCCCUUGACUUGGCUCAAGCCUGAUUUAUUUUACAAUUGUAACCACACAAAACAUUUCGAAGACUAACAAAAGAAGCGCAAUCCGGCUUCAACCGUAAACAGCAAGCCAGGGUCGUUUCUCAGGCAUUAUCAGAAAAAAGUGUAUUUCUUUCAUGUCUGCUGAUUUUUGAUUAACGCAUAGCCUGUUACAAGAUCCUGAAUUUAAAAGAGUAACGUCAAAAAAUUUUGCUUCGGUUGGUCUGUUACCAGCUGCGGACCUGCAAGCUUGUUGAUCGCGUGUUCGUGACUUUUCCUCACAGUUAUUCUUGUCUGUAACAUAAUUCUGACGUAGUAAAUGGUUUGAACCCAGGAGUAUCAGUAAUUCAUUUUGAGUGAUUGUCCGGAUGAUAUUAGUUAUGAAAAGAACUGCUCGUGAAAUUAAGUCGGUAUCAUGAUAAAUGCUUUGAACCCACGGGUAUCAGUAGUUCAUAUAGUUUGAUCGUCCGGGUGAGGGUAGUUCUGAAAAGAACUGUUGUUGGUGACUGAUGUGUCAGCAACCUGAGCGGAAGUCAUCUUCAGAGUCAAGUGAAUCGCGUUUGUCAAUCGAUGGAAUUAUAAGGCGUGGCUGAAUGAUCAGUUUAGCCGUGAUGGUAUUGACUGAAAGACUCGUGUAAAGUUUGGCCGGUUCGUGGAGGCAGCCUGGCCGAGUGGUUAGAGCGCCGGAUUUGAAAUCCGUAGGUGCCGGGUUCAAGUCUCGUUCUGACCACUAGCUGAUGUUGUUCUCGGUAGCCCCGAGUUCAACUUCUCGGCUGCGCUUGUAAAUAGUCAACUGGUCUGUCUCCCGCCAGUUGGGAUUCUUAACCUAGUUAUGUUUAUUUGAAUAUUCAUUUAUCAUUGCUGGUUCGCAUUGGUCCUGAAAAGCCCCAAUAAUGGGGAGUGGCCAAUUAAGUAUAUAUUUUUUUACAUUUUGUUCUAGUAAUUUUCGAUCCGUUUAUUGUUAGUCAAAUUAAGUCGGUGUGUUUGAGGUUCGUUUGUCGGUUUUCUUUAUGUCGUGGGUAAGUCGUUUGUACGAACUUUAUUUCUCAUAACACAAUAUCAAGAAUAGUAGCCUGAAAGUCACUUCUCA